GGUGAAGCGAUCCCCACGUGCAUGAGUAUGCGACGGGAUAAUUGGGUUUGCGUCGGGGACACCAAGGCGAAGUUGUACAUGCUAAAUCCAAAGAACAAUUUUGAGCUAGUGAAAUAUUACUCCACCCAGCAUGAGUAUUCUCCCGAUGAUCCGAUAACGGGGGUGAUUCUGACGCACGGAUGCCUGAUAACGAGUUGCAAAAACGGCAUGGUCAGAAUUUCGAGCCCUACGGAUCCACCAAAGCUCAUCGCUACUAAACUUGUAGAAUACGGAAAUAACGGCAGCAUGGACUACUUGAAUGACACUCUCGCGAUAGUAAGCUGUUCUACUCUCAACGUAUGGCGUCUGAAAUCGAAAUGUUUAACGAAACGUCAUAUUGAAUAAAAAAUAUUUCUAUGUGUUUUGUAGCUAUUCUGCAGUAAUAUUGAUUUUGAUAUGUAAUACGUGUUCUUAUUCUUUCUCAUGAUACUGUUUUAAAGCGUCGUUCUAAUAUGCAAUGUGAUAUGGCUCCUGCACACAGAAUACGCGUGGCAAUGCGGCAAAGCGGCAAAGCGGUGACCGUGCAAUCACCACUUUAUAUUAGUCAGUUAUAUAUCUAUUACUUCCGGAAAAGCGAGACAAUGAUCUGUCACCGCUUUGCCGCAUUGUCGUGUCCUGUGUCCAGGAACCAAUAGAUACCGUUUCGUGAAAUUAGAAAUAGAUAUCUGUUGAAAAUACGUUUCUGUAGAAGCUUUACUAACAUCGCUUACGAUUAUAAGUUGAGCGAUAAUCACAGUUAUAAUUAUAAGCUAAGCUUAUCUCAGCCAGAACGCUGAUAUCUAUUUGACAUUUAAAGACGUCGAAUUGAUAUCUAUAUAUAGAUGUCAAUUUGACAUUUAUUGAUGUCGAAUCGACAUCAGCAUUCUGGCUGGGAUAAUUACAGCGUAUUCAUGUUGGGAUCUUUUAUGUUGAGAGGAAUAAGAGAAAAUGUACUUUUAUACUAUAUAAUUAAGUUCCAUAAGCAUUUAAAUAUAUUUUAUAUAUUGCAUUAACGUAUGACGCGUAUCGUAUCAUUAGGGAGUUUUUGCAAUACGGUUCUUUCAGACACGGUAUUGCAAAAACUCCCUAUUGUUUUGUUGUUCUGUAAAUUUUUCUGACAAGGCUUUAUAUUUUAAUAUAACGUAUUUCCUCGUAUGAGAGAGAG